GUUUCUGUGCAAUCCCCUGCUUCUGGUGCCCGAACCCCUUCGUCUGGAGCAUCAGCAGCGUGUGGAGCCCGCCCCACACAGCCCGUCCCCGCCGAACCACGGCCUUUACCUGCGUGUUCCGCUGUUUCCCGUGCGACCCCUCCUGCGGGAGCGCCUCCUGGGCCACCCCCGACUUCAGCCAGCGCUCCGUGGCUCCAAUGGUGAAGAUGACGAGGUCCAAGACUUUCCAGGCGUAUCUGCCUUCCUGCCACAGGACCUACAGCUGCAUCCACUGCAGGGCCCACCUGGCCAACCACGAUGAGCUCAUCUCCAAGUCCUUCCAGGGCAGCCAAGGACGAGCUUACCUCUUCAACUCCGUAGUGAACGUGGGCUGUGGCCCUGCAGAGGAGCGGGUGUUGCUAACAGGCCUGCACGCCGUGGCAGAUAUUUACUGUGAAAACUGCAAAACCACGCUGGGCUGGAAAUAUGAACACGCUUUUGAAAGCAGCCAGAAGUAUAAAGAAGGCAAAUACAUCAUUGAACUAGCUCACAUGAUCAAGGACAACGGCUGGGACUGAGCAGAGCCAGCCCUGCAGUGCCAGAGAUGCCAUCCAGCCCAACAUUGUACCCAAGAGUGAGAGAGUGACUGAACGCUUGGUUCCAUGCAUUUAGAGGCUCUGCAACCCGGGAGCAUCUUCACACCCUUCUCCAUCUUUAUUGGUGACUGGCCUCUAAAUUUCUGUCUCUCUGUCUCUUUGCUUUGUCUCUGUUUGUGAGUUGACCCUGGCUGCUUCUCUCUCUGUUCUGUUGGCUCAGAGAAUGCACCGAAUGCCCGACAGCCAUUCCACGUGCCCAGAGCUCCACCCAGCCUGGCCUGGGCUCUCCUGGCACCUCCCAGCUGGUGCCAGCCCCGAGGUUGGGCAGGAGAAGGUGGGACAGGGGUGGGGAACCAUCAGAGGGUGAUGCUGUGCUGCUCCUUUCAGUCCUGGGUAAGCGAGGCUUGAAACCAUCUCCUUGUGUAAACGGACAGAGAAAUACCUGCUUGUGUAAAUGGGUAGAGAAAUAUCCACUUGUCUGAAUGGAUA